AUGUUAGCUUUAAGAAUAUUAAGAAGAAAGGUAUGUGGUGAACAUUUCCUUUUUGAAAGGUCAUUUUUCACACAGUCCAUAAAAGAAAAGAAUGGAUGUAUAGUAACCAGAUAUGAUAAAAAUAAAUUAUUGUUUUAUUAUAAAAGAAAUAUAAAUACAUCAAGAAAAUGUUUAAAUCAAGAUCCUUAUACAGUUUUAGGUUUAUCUAGAAAUGCUACAACAAAUGAUAUAAAAAAACAAUUUCGUUUAUUAGCCAAAAAAUAUCAUCCAGAUAUUAACCCAUCUCCAGAUGCAAAACAAAAAAUGGCUAGUAUUACUGCAGCAUAUGAAUUAUUAUCAGAUCCUAAAAAGAAAGAAUUUUAUGACAAAACAGGAAUGACUGAUGAUUCAAAUUAUCAAAAUCAUUCAUCUAAUUUUGAAGGAGCUUUUUCAGGAUUUGGAGAUGCAUCCUUUAUGUUUACAGAUUUUGCAGAGAUGUUUACAAAUAUGGCAGGAGGAAAUAAAAAUACAUCAACAAGAGGUGAGGAUAUACAAAGUGAAAUAACUUUAAAAUUUAUGGAGGCUAUUAAAGGAUGUGAAAAAAAUAUUAGAUUAAAUGUAAAAGUAUCAUGUAAUAAUUGUAAUGGAUCUGGUAAAAAACCAGGUACUAAUUUAACUAUAUGUAAAGUGUGUAACGGUUCAGGUAUUCAACGUAUGGAAAGGGGACCUAUAAUAAUUGGAGUGCCAUGUAGAAACUGUUCAGGUAAUGGUCAAAUCAUAAAUAACCCAUGUAAAUUUUGCUCAGGUAGCGGUGUGAAAUUUCAAACAAAAAAUAUAACAUUAGAUAUACCUCCAGGAAUUAAAAAAGGAAUGCAAAUGAGAAUUCCAAAUCAAGGUCAUUGUGGAUAUAGAGGAGGAAAAAGUGGUCACUUAUUUGUUACAAUAAAUAUUGAACCCCAUAAAAUAUUUAAAUGGGUAGAUGAUAAUAUAUAUGUUGAUGUACCUUUAACAAUUAAACAAUGUUUAUUAGGGGGUCUAGUUACUGUGCCUACAUUAAAUGGUGAUAUGGAUCUUCUUAUUAAACCUAAAACCUAUCCAAAUUCUGAAAAAAUAUUAAAAGGAAAAGGUCCAUGUAAAGUAGAUUCUCAUAAUAAUGGAGAUUUAAUCAUAAAAUUUAGUUUGAAAAUACCAGAAAAAUUAACACCUAGACAAGUUGAAUUAAUUGAAGAAUUUAAUCGAAUAGAAUUGAACUUACCUAACCCCCAAAGUAAUGUAAAACGAAAAAAUGUAUAUGAAGCAAAAGGGAAUAUGAAUGAAAAUAUAUGUUCUAUGAAUAAUGUGAAUAAUGUGAAUAGUAUGAAUUAUACAUAUAAUAAUUUGAAGGGGUGUGAUGGUGAUACCUCAAAUGAUCAAGCCAAAAGUAUCAAAAACCCAAAUUGGAAUAAUGAAAAAAAAUUAAAUAUGAAAAGUAAUCACAUAAAUGAAAAAUCAAAUUCGAAGAAUGCUUCUCAUAUUGAUGCAAAAAAAAAUGAGGAAAAUAUACUAAAUGAUGAAAAAAAAAAAAUUAAGAAAAAUAUUCCAGAACCACCUUUGCCACACACAAAAAAAAUUGUUAAUAAUUUAGAAAAUAAAAAUUCAUGUAAUAUACCUAUUCCACCUCCACCACCCAAAUCCUCUUCAAAGCCUAUAUCAGAAAAUCAAAAUAUUUCAAAUAGAGAACAAAAUGGUAUUACAAAUAAUAGUGCCAAGUUAGAUAACAAUAUUAAUAUGAACUAUUCAUAUGAUCCUUAUAAAAAUGUUACACAAAAUAAUUUAAAUAAUAAUGAUAAUAUGAAAAAUAAAAUCUAUAAUGACAAUACAAACAUAAAUGAUAAUCAUAUAUUUCAAAAUCAUAAUAUUAACCAACAACAAUUUCAUUGUGGAGAUAAUUCAACUGAAAAUAAUAAUGAAAGUGAUACUAAUGCUACUUCAACCUUUUCCUUUGCAAAAAAAUGGAUAUCUGAUAAGUUAAAGCCAAAAAAUUGA